CUUCUGGAAGCUUCUGAAUGGGAGCUUCGAGAAAGCCGCCCCUUGUAUAAAAAGACAGGAGUAGGCCCAGGGGUCCUCAGAUACAGCGAAUGAGAGGACAUUCACCUGAAUCCAUAGAGGAUUAGGACCAGUGAAAUACAGAGAUUUAAAUACUAGAUUAAUCUGCAGAGGAACAGCAGAGACGCUCUGAGAUUCAAUCUACAGCGAUCAGCAAACGCGAAGUGAAGCACAGGAGCACAUUCUUAUCUAUUCAAGAUGCCAGAGAAAGCCGGCCACACCAUGGAGGAGGAAGUGGAGACCUUUGCCUUCCAGGCUGAGAUCGCCCAGCUGAUGUCCCUGAUCAUUAACACCUUCUACUCCAACAAAGAGAUCUUCCUUAGGGAGCUCAUCUCCAACUCCUCAGAUGCUUUGGACAAGAUCAGAUACGAGAGCUUGACAGACCCCUCCAAAUUGGAUUCCUGCAAGGACCUGAAGAUCGAGGUCACCCCUGACCUGCGCACUCGCACCCUGACCCUGGUUGACACCGGCAUCGGCAUGACUAAGGCCGACCUGAUCAACAACCUGGGAACCAUCGCCAAGUCUGGCACCAAGGCCUUCAUGGAGGCCCUGCAGGCUGGAGCAGACAUCUCCAUGAUCGGGCAGUUCGGUGUGGGUUUCUACUCAGCCUACCUGGUGGCUGAGAGAGUGACUGUCAUCACCAAGCACAACGAUGAUGAGCAGUACAUCUGGGAAUCCUCCGCUGGCGGAUCCUUCACCGUCAAAGUCGAUACGUCAGCUGAGUCUAUUGGUCGUGGCACCAAGGUGAUUCUUUACAUGAAGGAUGACCAGACAGAAUAUUGUGAGGAAAAACGGGUCAAAGAAAUCGUGAAGAAGCACUCCCAGUUCAUCGGAUACCCCAUCACACUCUUUGUGGAGAAGGAGCGCGACAAGGAAGUGAGCGACGAUGAGGAGGAGGGGGAGAAGGAGAAGAAGGAUGGUGAAGAAGGAGAGGAGGACAAACCCGAUAUCGAGGACAUAGGCUCGGAUGAGGAGGAUCACCAUGACCAUGAUCAUGGCCUCGACGGCGCAUGUGGGGACAAGAAGAAGAAGAAGAAGAAGAUCAAGGAGAAGUACAUUGACCAGGAGGAGCUGAACAAGACCAAGCCCCUUUGGACCCGUAACCCUGAUGACAUCACCAACGAGGAGUACGGAGAGUUCUACAAGAGCCUGACCAAUGACUGGGAGGAACACCUGGCUGUCAAGCACUUCUCAGUGGAGGGCCAGCUGGAGUUCCGUGCCCUGCUCUUUGUGCCUCGCCGCGCACCCUUUGACCUCUUUGAGAACAAGAAGAAGAAGAACAACAUCAAGCUGUACGUCAGGAGGGUCUUCAUCAUGGACAACUGUGACGAUCUCAUCCCUGAGUACCUCAACUUCAUCAAGGGUGUGGUGGACUCUGAGGAUCUCCCCCUGAACAUCUCCAGAGAGAUGCUGCAGCAGAGCAAGAUCCUCAAGGUGAUCCGCAAGAACCUGGUCAAGAAGUGUAUAGAGCUUUUCACAGAGCUCUCAGAGGACAGAGAAAACUACAAGAAGUACUACGAGCAGUUCUCCAAGAACAUCAAGCUGGGUAUCCAUGAGGACUCUCAGAACCGUAAGAGGCUCUCAGACAUGCUACGCUACUACACCUCAGCCUCAGGGGACGAAAUGGUCUCCCUGAAGGACUAUGUCACACGCAUGAAGGACACCCAGAAACACAUCUACUACAUCACUGGCGAGACCAAAGACCAGGUGGCCAACUCGGCGUUCGUGGAGCGCCUUCGCAAGGCCGGCCUGGAGGUGAUCUACAUGAUUGAGCCCAUUGAUGAGUACUGUGUCCAGCAGCUGAAGGAGUACGAUGGCAAGAACCUGGUCUCCGUGACCAAGGAGGGUCUGGAGCUGCCUGAGGAUGAGGACAUGAAGAAGAGACAGGAAGAGCAGAAGUCUCAGUUUGAGAACCUCUGCAAGAUCAUGAAAGACAUCCUGGAGAAGAAAGUUGAGAAGGUGACAGUGUCCAACCGCCUGGUCUCCUCCCCCUGCUGCAUCGUGACCAGCACCUACGGCUGGACAGCCAACAUGGAGAGGAUCAUGAAGGCCCAAGCCCUGAGGGACAACUCUACCAUGGGCUACAUGGCUGCCAAGAAGCACCUGGAGAUCAACCCAGACCACCCCAUCGUGGAGACCCUGAGGCAGAAGGCAGAGGCUGAUAAGAAUGAUAAGUCUGUGAAGGACCUGGUCAUUCUGCUGUUUGAGACAGCUCUGCUGUCUUCUGGGUUCACCUUGGAUGACCCUCAGACACACUCCAACCGCAUCUACCGGAUGAUCAAGCUAGGCCUGGGUAUUGACGAGGAUGAGCUGACCCCUGAGGAGCCAACCUCAGCCCCCAUCGAGGACAUGCCUCCACUGGAGGGAGACGAGGACACAUCCAGGAUGGAGGAGGUCGACUAGACCAACCUGCUCAGCUGCUGUGUUACUGUAACUAUGCCAGUUAGCUUUGGCACUAGUAGUGUUGACAGGAUGACUUUGAUGUUUGUUCAUAAGCCUGGAAUGUCCCCCCUUGCCCUCCUACUCGAUCCAAAAUCCCUUGACCCGCGUUGACCACAUGCAGUUCAGAUUCAUUCCCCUAAACGUUAGUUUACUUUUUUUUAUUUUGAAGAAAAACAAGAGCCUGUUGACACUUCUUUUUUUUAAAUCUUGAAUUGUAUCAAUGCAUUUUUGUAUUUAUUGACAUUCCAACGUUCUUUUGUGUGUUGACUGUAUGACUUGACUGUAAAUAUCUUCUCAAAUUGAUACUGUAACUUCAAAUGGUGGGACCCAAAAAAUAAAGUUUACCACGUUAACCAA